UACCACGGCAACGGAGCUGCUGUUUUGCCGCGGCUGCACCUGAGCCCCCGCGCUUGCGCAGUGGGGCUGACCUCGACGUCACCCCCUCCCGGUCCCCUCCUCCCUCCCCUCUCCUCGCUCCCACCGGGGAGCAGCGCCUCUCCCCUCCCUCGGCCACCCUCCCCCCCUCAGGAGGACUCGAGUGGGGCGGGGGGGGGAGCAGCAGCGGCUGCCGCGGCUCCCCGCGGAAGUUGCAGCAGUCACAUAGCGUGGAUGAGUGGAGAAAAAAAGAUGGAAGGAUUGUGGCAUGCGUGCGGAGGAGGGCUGGGAUCUCGGCAGAAGCCCCGCCGCCGUUUCUCCUGUCACUUGUGGAAAUGCUAACAAGCCAAGCCACGCUUCUCGCUGGACAUGAAGUUUUCUCCCAGCUAGCUAGCACGGGUCUGCACCUUCCCUCAGCUCAGACCUAAGCAGCAGGUCCUCUGGAUGUCAGAAUGGCAGCAUCAAACCUGGAGAACCAGCUGCACAGCGCCCAGAAGAAUCUGCUCUUCCUUCAGCGGGAGCACGCCAACACGCUCAAAGGGCUGCAUGCUGAAAUCCGACGGCUGCAGCAGCACUGCACAGAUCUGACCUAUGAGUUGACUCUCAAAAGCUCAGACCUGACAGAAAGUGGGAACUCACGGAGUGAAGAACUCAAGAGGAAGUGUGAAGAGCUCGAAGCCCAGCUGAAAGUGAAAGAGGCUGAAAACAACGAGCUGUUGAAGGAACUGGAGCAAAAGAAUGCAAUGAUCAUGGUGCUGGAGAACACCAUUAAGGAGCGGGAAAAGAAGUACUUGGAAGAGCUCAAGAUGAAAAGCCAUAAGCUCAACAUGCUGUCGAGUGAACUGGAGCAGCGGGCCAGCACCAUUGCGUACCUCACCUCCCAGCUGCAUGCCACGAAGAAAAAGCUGAUGAGUUCCAGCGGGACUUCCGACAGUUCCCCCUCUGGCAGCCCCGUGUUGUCCAGUUACAAGCCCGCCCCACCCAAAGACAAGCUCCCAGAGACUCCGCGGCGUCGGAUGAAGAAGAGCCUGUCCACCCCACUCAACCCUGAAUUUGACGAGGCCUACAGACUAGGGGCGGAUAGCCGCAAGCUGCUGCUGCGGGAGCCUCUCGACGCUAUGCCGGACCCCACGCCCUUUCUGCUGGCUCGGGAAACUGCCGAGGUCCACCUGAUCAAAGAGAGGCCUUUAGUCAUUCCGCCCAUCCCUUCGGAGCGCUCCUCGGCAGAGCCGCCCAGCCCAGCCCGGGGAGAGAAGCAGCACAAGGCUCACGUGGGGGUGGCGCACCGGAUCCACCAUGUCACCCCGCCCCAAGCUCAGCCGCAGGUCGAGACGCUGGCGGUGGAUCAGGUGAACGGGAGCAAGGUGGCGCGGAAGCAUUCGGGGACAGACAGAACUGUGUAAGCAAACUGUUGGGAGGGGACACAGACGCUCUCUCUUUCUCCUAUGCACUGUGAUCACAAAUUAGGGUUAAUCGCAUCUGCAGUAAAUUUGUUUUCUCCUCCCCCGAAUGCCCCCCCAUGCAUGCCAAAUUGUUUUCCACCACUAGAAUAUCCCCCUUCCACAGAACCCCAAUAUGACUGUGUUCAUAUUGCAGAACAUCUACUUAAUGAAACGCUGUGGCCAACCUCAGGUGUCUGCCUGACUGCUUGCUUCCUACGCUCCUUCAUGUAUCCUAAGCGCACUUGUGGGCAAGUGCCCAGGCAGCAGCCUGCAUUAUUAACCAAUAGUAACGAUGGAAUCCAAUAGCCUCCUAAUGACCACCCUGCAGCACUGUGUAUUGGCUGUUAAUGGUUCAGACUCCUCCCCUCUCUGUAUCCCUACACCCCCCUGCACACUCAUGACAGACCCUCCUCUGGAGGAGGGGCAGCACCGCCAACCACAAUGCAGAUGCCUGCAUGGGAAGAAGAUGGACCAGCUGAGAGAGCCCUCCCCACCUCCAUCACGUGGUCUUGAUCACAGUGUUCAUAUUUUCUGUUCAGUUUUUAUCUAGAACUACUAAAAUCCCAACAAACUCUAUUUUGUUAACCCUG